AGCCAGAGCCUGGCGUGGGAGAGCUAAUGGGAAACAGCUUGUUGGAGGGAGGUGGACAGAAUUCGGGAAUGGCUAGGGCUGGGCUGCUGAAAAGGGGGAUGGGAGAGGCAGGCUGAUUGAGACCAGCUGCUGCUCUUCUGUCUUGGAGAUCUUUGGACUCUGCCCGGGGCGGGCUUACACCCUAUUCUGGGUGACUGGGAGCCAGCAGAGGCUGCCUGGGGCAUCUCAGGCUUCUCCACCACCCUGACUCGCGGAGCCCUCAGAAACAAAAGACCAGAGGGGACUCUCCACCCACCAGCCAGACGCCUCCUCCCCAUCGCCAGCCCCCACCCCCUGGCUGCUCCUGCCCCGGAAAGGCCUGGAAGAAGAGGCCAGGGAAACAGCCCUGCCUACUCUCCCCCAUCCCUCCAUCCACCCAAGCACCGGCAUCUGGAGAUCCCAUGGCCUGGGCUCGCUGGGGCUGCUGCCCCUGGCUUGUCCUCCUCUGUGCUUGUGCCUGGGGCCACCCAAAGUCAGUGGACUUGCAAGGAGAGGAUGUGAGAAACUGUUCAACCAGCCCUCCGUACCUCCCAGUUACUGCAGUCAAUACCACAGCGCAGCUCGUGGCCCUCCGCCAGCAGAUGCACACCCUGAAUCUCUCUGCGUACAUUGUCCCCGACACGGAUGCCCACAUGAGCGAGUACAUUGGUGAACACGAUGAGAGGCGUGCGUGGAUUACAGGCUUUACGGGGUCCGCAGGAAUCGCAGUGGUGACCACGGGGAAAGCAGCUCUCUGGACUGACAGUCGCUACUGGACCCAGGCCGAGCGGCAGAUGGACUGCAACUGGGAGCUCCACAGGGAAGGUAACAUUGUCACCUGGCUUCUCGAUGAGGUUCCUGCUGGAGGGCUUGUGGGCUUCGACCCCUUCCUCUUCUCCAUUGACUCCUGGGAGAGUUAUGACACGGCCCUCCAAGGCUCUGACAGACAGCUGGUGUCCAUCGAAGCCAACCUCGUGGACCUGGUGUGGGGGUCAGAGAGGCCUCCGGUUCCAAACGAGCCCAUUUAUGCCCUGCAGGAGGCGUUCAUAGGGAGCACCUGGCAGGAGAAAGUAGCUGACAUCCGCAGCCAAAUGCAGGAGCAUCGCGAGGCCCCAACUGCCGUCCUCCUGUCAGCGCUUGAUGAGACGGCCUGGCUCUUCAACCUGCGCAGCAGUGACAUCCCUUAUAACCCCUUCUUCUAUUCCUACACGUUGUUCACGGACUCCUCCAUCAGGUUAUUUGUAAACAAGAGUCGCUUUAGCUCCGAGACCCUGCAGUACCUGAACUCUAGCUGCACGGGCUCUAUGUGUGUGCAACUCGAAGACUACAGCCAAGUCCAGGACAGCGUCAAGGCCUAUGCCUCAGGAGACGUGAGGAUCUGGAUCGGGACCAGCUAUACUACAUAUGGGAUCUAUGAAUUGAUACCCAAGGAGAAACUCAUAGAAGACACCUACUCCCCAGUGAUGGUGACCAAGGCGGUGAAAAACAGCAAGGAGCAGGCCCUCCUCAAGGCCAGCCACGUGCGGGACGCCGUGGCCGUGAUCCGCUACUUGGUCUGGCUGGAGAAGAACGUGCCCAAAGGCACGGUGGACGAGUUCUCGGGGGCAGAACAGCUGAACAAGCUCCGAGGAGAAGAAGAGUUCUUCUCCGGACCCAGUUUCGAAACCAUCUCUGCUAGUGGCCUGAAUGCUGCCCUGGCCCACUACAGCCCGACCGAGGAGCUGCACCGCAAGCUGUCCUCAGAUGAGAUGUACCUCGUGGAUUCUGGGGGGCAAUACUGGGAUGGAACGACAGACAUUACCAGAACAGUCCACUGGGGCACCCCCUCUGCUUUCCAAAAGGAGGCGUAUACCCGCGUGUUGAUAGGCAAUAUCGAUCUGUCCAGACUCGUCUUUCCUGCUGCUACAUCAGGGCGAAUGGUGGAAGCCUUUGCCCGCAAAGCCUUGUGGGAUGUUGGGCUCAAUUAUUAUCACGGGACAGGCCAUGGCAUUGGCAACUUCCUCUGUGUGCAUGAGUGGCCAGUGGGAUUCCAGUCCAGCAACAUUGCCAUGGCCAAGGGCAUGUUCACUUCCAUCGAGCCUGGUUACUAUCAGGAUGGAGAAUUUGGGAUCCGUAUUGAAGAUAUAGCCCUUGUGGUAGAAGCAGAGACCAAGUACCCAGGGACCUACCUGACCUUUGAAGUGGUGUCCUUUGUGCCCUAUGACCGGAACCUCAUCGAUGUCAGCCUGCUAUCCCCUGAGCAGCUCCAGUACGUGAACCGCUACUACCAGACCAUCCGCGAGAAGGUGGGACCCGAGCUGCAGCGGCGCCAGCUGCUGGAGGAGUUUGCAUGGCUACAACAGCACACAGAGCCCCUAUCUGCAAGGGCCCCGCACAGCGCUUCCUCGGUCUCUCUGUCGGCAGUCUCCGCUCUUGCCAUCCUCAGCUGGAGUGUCUAGAGGCUCGGGGAUCCCCUGCUGACCCUCUUGCUCAGCUCCCCUCACCCUGCACCACCCAUGCCCCAAGAGCCCCAAGAGCCCACUGCCUGGAAACUAUUGCCCUCAGCCUCCUUCUCCAGGACCAAGCCCUGGGGAUGCAGGGCUCCU